CUGUUGGAAGUCUCAGAAAAACAGGUUACGCCAUAUUGUCCCCUUUCCGAGGAGAGUGCUACAUUUCUGCAAAAAUGACAAAAUAGUAGGUGUCAGCUUAUUUAAAAAACAUUGCCCCAGUGGCUUUGAUAACAUGCUUACUUGCAACACAGUCAGGUGUUUAUUAUUAGACGGUAACUCGUUGAUUCAGCUGGCGUGGCUAGCUGUUAGCUUAAAUCCGUUAGCGCAGUCCUUUUAGCCGGUGUUGUGAGCGGGCGGCUUUGUAACGCUGUGCUGCCCAUCUUCACCCUCUUUACCUGGUUACACUUAAGUAUUUAUUUUACAGGCUUAUUUUAUCAACGGUAGAGGCUAAGAUGGCGCACACUGGGGCAAUGGAAGAUGCAUCCAUGGAGGAUUGCUCUACCAAACAGGGGUCUAGUGUCUGCCUGCGAAGUCGACCGUGCUCCAGCGAGAGAGACGGUCAGGUACGGGCUGUCAAAGCCGCUCUGCAGACCAAGUUGGGGCCCUACGAGCCCGUCCUGACCUAUCUACAGUCCGUCCUGGUGUGGCAGAGACCCUUUCAGUGUGUGCUUCUUUAUUCUGUGGUCAACGUUGUGUUCUGGUUCUUUGCUCUGACUUCACUGCGCCUGCUGUUUCUGCUAGCUUCUGGUCUGGCUGUGGUUGUCUGUGUUGAUACCUGGAGAAACAAAAUCUGGCCAGAAAUUAGAGUCAGAAACCUGGAUGAAUCAGAAAAUGAGAGCUGGGGUCUGGUGCAGCCCGGCAUCCUCAGUGUGCCUGAACUGUGCCACCAUAUCGCUGAGGCGUGGGUCAGUGGAACAGUUCUCACAUCCAGUAUGAUGCAGUACAAACGACAAAACCCUGGAAAGUUUUGCAUCCUGACCUGUGGAGUGUUCACCUGUUUGGCUGUGGUUGGGCGCUACAUUCCUGGAUUGGUGCUCUCCUACUCUGCUGUGUUAGCUACUCUCCUGGCUCCUCUGGCAGCCUAUCACAGGCUCUUUCAGCAUGUUUGCGUGAAGUUGGAGCCGGUCCUGCAGCGGCUGGACUUCAGCGUUCGUGGAUACAUGAUGUCAAAUCCUAUUGAUAAUCAGUUCUUGCGGAAGUCUAUCCGUGGAGCAUCCUCAGAUGACGCCAGUGACAGCGAGGAGGAAUUGGCCGCUUUCUGUCCAACAUUUGAUGAUGCUGUUGUUGCGAAGGAACUUGCAUUGACAGACUCUGAGCACUCUGAUGCUGAGGUGUCCUACACUGACAAUGGAACAUUUAACCUGUCACGUGGCCAGACCCCACUCACAGAGGGCUCUGAGGACCUUGACAGACACAGUGAUGCUGAGGAAUCCUUUGCUCAAGACCUCCCAGACUUCCCCUCCAUAAACCCUGAUGCCACCCUGAUGGAUGAUGAUGACGACACAAGCAUCGGGCUACCUAGUUUGGGUCCAUCUGGACUAGCUGGUCACCGGGCUUCAGUGCUGGAUGUGGAUGCUCAUUUGGAUUCCGACCAGGAGGAUCUGGAUGCAGAACUUUCUCUCAGUGGCCUGCCACCUGCCUCUGAUUUCACUGGCGACUUGGCCGGAGUCAUUGCCAGCAACAUGAUCCAGGCGGCGUUGGCUGGGGCAUUGCAGCCUCGGCCUCCUGUUACCCACCGCAGAGAGGGCCCACCCAAGGCCAGAACCCACCGAAGCUACCGCAAACAGUCCAGCUCCGAGUUGGACACAGACUUGGAUGGAGAGGACUUUGAAAUGCUGGAUCAGUCUGAACUGAACCAGAUGGAUCCCCUCGGAGGAGGAGGAGGUCCUAGAAGGGGGGAGAGUCAGGGGUCUAACUUCUUAUCUAGCCUUCUGGGUAAACCACAGUAAGGUGUGUGCGUGCGUGUGCGUGCGUGUGCGUGCGUGCGUGUGUGUGUGUACGUAUGUACGGGUGGAUGAGCUGUGACUGUGUGAUGUGAAAGAUGAUUUUAGGUUCCAGCAGUCCUGCUUCUGAUUGGCAUCAGUUUAUCACUGUGAAGUAUUUUAUUUUUUCUAUCUUUUCAAACCCUUUCUCCCUUACUUAUAAACCCAGAGCAUCCACAAUACGUUUUACUUUGUAGGCUGAGCAAUAGGAAAAUGCAGAAACAAAAAUAAAACGCAUUCAGACAAUAAAUAAACCAGCAUUAUUGAGCCUUGUUGCAGUCUUGUAACUUCAUGCACCCAUCAGUUAUAAGGGUACUUGUUAGUGACUAUAAAUGAAAAACAACAGUGCCCAUAAAAUCUUUUCUACUAGGAGGUCUAGACAUACAGGGCUAUUUAACAUGGGACCAAAUAUGACAUUCCUGUCGGUUGAGCUGAGCCAUGUUGCUUUGAUAAUACCAUUAUGGAAAAGUUUUCAUGUUUUACAUUUCCUUACCGAGUGGAAUGGUGGAAAUGGAUAAAUCAGCCCCCACUUUCCAUCACACUUUGUUAAAGAAACAGCAGCUUGUGUUGCUGUUGAUGUAAAUGUCCUCUGCUGUCACACUUGGCUAUAAUCUGUUAGAAGAUGAUUUAUCUGAAGUUACAGGUGAAUUUACAUUCUUGUCAGCAGUUGAGAAUUUGGACAGCGAUUUUCUUCCAUCAUGAAGAUGAAUUAUAUUUGGAUAAAAGUUUCAGCUCCUUUUCUGUAUGAUUUUCUUUACUUUUUUCCUUUCCUGCUGACAUAUGAAAGACGUAUUCAUACAUUAUUAGGAGCUUAUUUUAUUUUCUUGAAAGAAUGUCACAUUACAGUCUUAAGAUAUAUGACCCAGAUGAGCAUUUGAUGUUGUCUGUUCAUUGUAUUUAUGAACUUGUGCCCAAGGGUGAGAUGUGUUUUUUUUUUUUCCUGAAUAGGUUGAGAAUAUUUUUCAUUUUCCUGCCCUUUAAUACAGCUCAAUAACAUAUUGUGUCCAUGUUUAAUACCUUGAAUGAGCCCUCAGCUUUGUGUGUAUUUUUUCUCAGAAAUAGUAUUUAAAAAGUCUUUUAUCUUUUAUCAUCUUUGUAUUUCAUGUUAUUGAUAGUCAUGCUGAACAUUUUAAGAGAAAAAUCAGUUCAUGGAUCUUUUACUAUUUUCAUGGGGAAAAUGUUUACAUCAAAAUUGGUUAUAAAAAAAAUUGUCCUUAUGUCCUUUUUUUAAAAGUGUUAAUGGCUUUGUGUGCUGGUCAGCCUGAUUUCCUCUUGAUGGACACACCAUGUCAGUAUGUCAUAAUUUUGCAGUGGAAAUGGCACUUCAAACGAAAAUAAGCCACAGUUGAGAUUUAUUGAAAUCAUAUAUCAAAGAGUCUAAAAAUGCUGGGUUUUAAAUAGAGGAAAACACAUUGCUUGCUUUCAUUGUGUUACUUUGAGAAGAAAAUCAUAGCUGCAAGAGAUUUAGCACAAUAGAAAAAAACUGCUGGAUCCAGACUUAUGGAGGUGAAAGGAAAAUUGUGCACUUAAAGGAAAAUGCUGGGAUUUUGAGGCUGAAGAAGAAAAGGAGGAGUUUGAUUUAACCACCUCAGUUAACUAGAAAGUUGCUCAUUGCUGCUCCACGAAGAGUCAGUUCCUCAGUAUGAGUGAUCUGUAGUCAGUUUGAUAAUGUAAUGUGCAUAGAAGUGUAUUUUCUUCUCUGUAACUGGUUUUGAUAUGUUUUGAUGUGCAAAUCGUAUUGAAUAAAAUGUUUGCCAUUA